CGCCCACCAUAUUAUAGUCGCUCCUCUCACUCAUACAUCCAUAGUCAAUGCCUAUCACUUCAAUCCCCCGAGGAAGUAUUCAAGUCACAGCGAUAUCCCAUCUUCUCUCAAACAAAGUACAUACAUCGUUACAUACAGGGUACAUCCAAAACAAUGUCUGUCCUCAGCGUCUCCCUCUCCUCUACCCACUCCUUCUCUAAACCCCCAGUUCCCUCCAUCACCCUUCUCCCCAACCUCGGUGUCCAGGGCGACGCCCACGCUGGCACCACCGUGCAACACCUCUCCCGAAAACACAUCCAGCCCCCUCCACUCAACCUCCGCCAAGUUCAUCUCAUCCACGCGGAAGUCCUCUCCCAAGCUUCUGCUUCCACGGACAUCCCGCUCAAGCCGGGGCAACUAGGCGAAAACAUCACCACCACGGGAAUAAACCUGUUGUCCCUCGGUAAGGGGACAAAGCUCCGUUUCGUGGGCGAAGAGAAACCGGAUGACCAUGAUGAUGCCCCUGUGGUGAUGGUGACUGGGCUGCGCAAUCCAUGUCCGCAAAUUGAUAAGUUUCAGGCGGGCCUGAAGGAGAAGUUCGUGGUGCGCGAUGCGCAGCGGAAGAUUGUUCAGCGCAAAGCGGGGAUUAUGGGGGUCGUGGAAGUCGGUGGUGAGGUGAAACCGGGUAUGAGAAUCGUGGUGGAGAAGCCUGCGGUUCAUGAACCGUUGGAGUGUGUUUGAGUGGUGAUGUAAUAUCGAUGUUUGAAGCGCGUAUAGGCAGUUGCGAAACGAGAUACCCGGGGGACAUUUUUCAGUUAUCUACUGAUGACAUGGUACCAGUACGUAUAGAAGGUGGAUCAAUACAUAACCCUGAUGCCUCCAGCGUACCUUACUGGUAUAUAGCAAAUUCGGGGAACGAAGUAAAAGGCAACUUUUUGCCGUGAACUCUUGA